AGGGAGACGAAGAAGAACGAGCUAGUUGCUGUGGAGGUGCUAAACCCAUGAAUACCACAGCCAACCAGUAACCAUGAUUAAGAUUUGAAAUCAUGCAGUAAUCCCAGCAUUUGGACUGGAAAAGAGGCUAACUUGUGUCAAAGGUAGCUGGAAAAUGUAAACGAGCUUCUGCACUAGCAGGCUACCGCUAACGCGAGGUUGCUGUAAAAUAACAGGUUGUCACUUAGCUUGCUGGCUAGCUGCAGCCUCCCUCUGCAGUCAUGAGCGAAGAGGACACUUCAUCAGCAACGGCCACCAAAGACAAAGACUCGACCCUGCUGCUCACUAAAGACGGACAGAGGUACUAUGUGAGUAAAAGCGGAGUGGUCGACAGCAGAAAUGUCAUAACGCCUCACGAACCGGAGAACAACACCUCCUCUUAUGAUAUGGACGAUGCGGACGAGGAGAGUGACGUGUUGGACACUUCGGAUCCGAGAGACAGCGCCGCCAGCCCGGAGGAGCUGAACGAUGAGGAGACUUCGGAGGUGGACAACGCCCCAAAACAGUGCACCUACGAGGGGUGCACGGAGACGACCACGCAGGUGGCCAAGCAGAGGAAGCCGUGGAUGUGUAAAAAGCACCGCAACAAGAUGUACAAAGACAAGUACAAGAAGAAGAAGAGUGACCAGGCGAUGUCCAGCGGAAAACUGGACGACAACUCUGAAGAGCGGCCCGUGUCCGUGAACAAGCAGCGGCUGGGCGCCAUGGGUGACCGGCCGGCCAGACCUUCCCUGAUAGAGCAGGUCCUCAACCAGAAGAGACUGUCCCUUCUCAGGAGUCCAGAGGUGAUCAGCUUCCUGCAGCAGCAGCAGCAGCUCCUGGCCACACACAGCCGCAGCCAGAUGCAGCAGCAGUUCCAGGGCUGCUGACCCUGGCUGACCCUGGCUGACUUGCAUGGACAGAGCAGAAGGGGGGGAUUUUACAGGGAUUGGCCCAUGUGGAAAAAAGGGUGCAAAAAGGACAAUUUAAAGGCACUUUGAGGCUGGUUGAUCAUAUCAGAUCAAUUAGAAUAAAACCAUCAAGAGGUGUGGAUUGUUACUAGUGUUACUUUUUUAUUAAAGAGCAGGCUAACUUAGUUCCUAACAUACUGCUAAUUUAGUUUAGUUGCAUUGUCAAUUCCCAUUAGUUAGUGUUUUUCUUUAGCUGUAAUAAUGAGCGCUUUGGAAUACAGUUGUAUUUUGAUGUGGAUUUGUUGAGGCCCCUGAAUUUACUGUGUGCUCUCCUAAUGAGCACAUUUGUACUUGCUGUUUUAGUGGUUUGUCUUUAAAUGUCGUGACUUGUGACAAUCGAGUGUCUUUGAAGCGUAUUGGUCCCUCAAUUGCUUGUGUUAAAUUCCAUCUGUAAAUCUUGAAUUGUUGCACAAACUGGAAGGUAUGAAUAAAUGCAUUUAAAGAGAAUGCAAAUGCUUAAAAACAACCCUUUAUGGGGUUAAACUGAGAAACAUAA